AUGCCAACUCAAGAUGAAAUCCUUGUCCUUCUUGAAGAGGUUGCAAGAACGAAUAGGACUUUGAAUAACGAAAACCGUUUGUUGCGAGUGGAGCUAACUAGGCGCGAUGUCGAGAACAAGGCUGUCUUAAAGAAACUCGAAGAAAAGAUUGAUUCAGUCACGUCUUCGAGUGAAAAUGGCUCACCGCCUGCAAGAAAAAGUGUAAGACGCCGAAGAACGAAGACACUACGUGUUCCAGCUCAAUGUCGGGUAGGUACCUGGUCUAACUAGUCUGUAUUACGGUUUGACUACUUAAGUUGUUAUAACGGAAAUUUAUAUUCUGUUGCUUAAAGUAAAGAAUGUAUAAAACCAGCUCGGCAAGUAUUCGCUAAAAGUCAUAUAUGAUAUAUUCCUUUCUAUUACAGUAUCUGUUAUUGAAAUGAAUGUUGUGAAAGCGCGCGCAUUUUUAUCAUUUGCAAAUUGCCUCAAAAUAUUUUCAGUGCAACUAGUGCCCAGUGUUCAACCGCGCCCUGGUAAUUAUAAUCUCUGCAUUAUGUCACAGAGUAGAGACAUACAGAGACGUAACUAACCGUCGUAAACACUGCGGAAGAUUACGUUAUCAUGUACCCACUUUUUUUCAGGCGACCGGGCGAAAAAUGAUCAACUGCGCGUGCUCAGCAAGUCUAAAGUGAGUCGUCAUCAGGUCGUCAUCCAAUCAGAUGCAUGCAUCUAGUAACUUGCCGAGCACGCGCACAAAAAAAGUGGGUACACUAGUUACGUCUCUGUAUGUCUCUACUCUGUGAUUAUGUCUCACAAAGAAUUUACAAUUUUAUACAGAGUAUUUUCAAUUGAUAAUAUUUUGCAGAGAACAACUAAGAAGGUAUAUCAGGCGCUGGGCCAAAACGAAGAGUUUGGAGGUUUUGACAUGGGCGAAAGGUAAAAGAGUGUUUUUGUAAUUGUAAUUAGGAAAUAAUAAACAUCUCGAGCAAAGUGCAACAAACGUGUUUACAUUUUGCCAACUAUUUAUAUAAAAACCUCUGUGGUCUGAGCUAGCCCUCUCGUGAGUUCUUCCAAAAGUGGUUCUAUUUAAUAGCAGUAGUAGAAAAUAGUUUGUGCUAUAAAGUAGCAUGUUUAUACAGUGACUACACUCUUCUGUGUUACAGUGACUAUAGUUAAAGUGGAAGUCAAGUCUGUAUGUAAACAAACGGUUUGUUUACAUUUUGAACUGCUGUAUUUUUAAAAAAUGAUGUACUGUCUGCAGGGACGCCGGAACUGGGGGGCAGGAGGGGCAGCUGCCCCUCUUGCCUUUUGCUAGGAGGGGCAAGGGGGGGGGGCAGAAGUGCCCUUUGAGUUGUAAAAUACUACCUAAUAAAUCACAUUUCCAGUGAUGCUUUUUGGGCAAAAUCAUGAGGUGUGAUUUGAAUGUGACCUGAUUAAGUGUGUUUGCUUUCAUUGGCAAGUCAACACACAAUUGUAGGUUUGUAUCUUCACCGGUGUCUAUAGAUCGAAGUGCCCUUUUCUUGUGCGUUUGCCCCCCUUUGUCUUUUUAUCGUUCCGCCGUCCCUGACUGUCUGAAUAUCUAACACCAUUAUGGUUUGCUAUGCUUCUAAAUGAACAUGAAAUAGAGUUUAAUAUGUUCAGAAAAAUUCGUAACAUUCGAAAUUUGGGCAAUGUUCACAUUGGAGGUCCUCGCAUUGUUAUGAGCAGAACUGAUGCGCAGAACGGACUUGACUUCCACUUUAAGUAUGUAUAUACAGUGACUAUACUCUACUGUAUUAUAGUGACUAUAGUUAAGUAUGUAUAUACAGUGACUAUAAACCCCCCACCAUCCAACCCCGGGGCUAUGCAGGCAUUAGCAGUUUAUUAAUUAAUGCCCCUACUGUAUGAGCGGUGCACUUAUCUGUAGCAUAUUGCAUUUGCAUUAUAUUAUUUAGAAAGGGCUUAAGGUGCUAUAUAUAUAUAUAUAUAUAUAUAUAUAUAUUGGAAAAUUUACAUAUUAUACCAUACUUCAUAGUGGUAUUGCCCCUGGUAUACUAUGGAGAUGACAUACUGCGUAUACACUUGGAACUUUCAUUGCGGUUGCUGUGUACUUGCUAACUUAUUAGCCAUGAAUGUCAUGUACAGUAUAGGCACAGAUUACAUACAAUGUAUGCUGAUAAAGAGCAUGCUGAUCCAUGUUAAUUUAUGUUUCAUCUGUGUCCAAAAUUUAAAUGUAUGAAUUACAUUACAAUCAGCCAAAAAACAUCACUACAGGAGGCCAAGCCUUCCUCACUAUGUAUCAUGGAAUUAUAAGUUAUAGUUUUAAUAUUAACCCAUUGAGUUGAGCCACAAUGCAUCCCAGUAUACCCUACUUUUUUUACUUGUCUAAUGCCAGACGAUUUUACUUGUCAAUGGGGAAGCUCUGCAGCUUGAUUGGUUAACCAAAAAAUUUGACAAUGUUUCUAGUUAACCCAUUGAACUACAAUGUGCCCCAGUGCACCCUAGUUACUUUUUACUUGUCUAAUGCUAGAUGAUUUUACUCAUCAAUGAGAAGCUCUGUGCAGCUUAAUGGGUCAAAUUAACUGGUUAAUUCUCAGGUGUUGCCCACUGAUUUAUAAUAGUUUACCUGGACUCAGUGCUCAAGGGUUAGAAAUGGCCACAUGCAGAUUUUGCUUGUGUCAUAUAGGUCCUCGUUCAAAGAAAUCCCCAUGGACAGUUUGUUUUUGAGUCGAUGGCAAAAGCUGCUUGCAUCAAUUUGCAACAUAUAGGUCCUUUUUCAUGCCAUAGUUUUGCUGACAUCAAGCUUUAAUGAAAGUAGAUUGAGCAUGCUGUUCAAGUAAAUUAUAUAGCUCAGUGGCAUAGCUCCUUGAUGAGUAAAGUCAUGCAUCGAUCCAGUAUUAGGCCAUUAGCCAAGGUAGAAAUAUAAAGUACAGGUAGGGCACAUGACUUGCAUUGUGGCAUAAUGGAUAUAGUAUUAUAUACUAAGAUGGAAUGUACAUCAUUCUGAAUUUGUCAUGUGUGAUUUCCAUCCAAAAUUUUUGUUCAGAUAUACUGUACACAUGUUGUUGGUACACGUCAAAGUUUCAAGUUGAUUUAAUGUACAUGCAUGGACACCGGGUUCUACAGUACAGUAUGUAAAAAUAUUUGCUAUUAAAUAGAGAAUAAUACAUGGGUAUGCGGAAAUACCAGAUUUAUUUCACCAUGAUGUAUUUUUCUGUUUAUUAUAUAAUGGACAGUCUUUGAAAAGCGAUAAUUUUUACAGAAAAGCGAUAAUUGAAAAGCGAUAAUUUUCACAUGUUAGAUUAUCAUUAUAAAUAAUCUCACAUGUGAGAUUAUCAGUUUUAUCAGUGCUCGAAAUCUCUAUAACGCACUAUACUUUAUAUAAUAAUGGUAGUUAUUUGGAUACAAACAGAACAUAGUCAUAGACUGUAGUAUGCAUAUCUUUAAAAUUCUUUCUGUUCAUUUAUGUUUCAAGCAUAAACUCUAUACACAAUAAAAUGAUAAUGGACACUGUUGUGAAGGAAGUUAAUAAACAAUACAGUGGACAGGAUUGGUGUCAACUAACAAUUGAAAGUAAGUAAAACAUAAAAAAAUGAGUGAUUCUAGAUUACACUUCUUUAGAAUAUAGAACUGUUCCUCAACUUUACAAGAUAUAUAACCUUUUUGUGAAUCAAGAGAAUAUUUCUAAGUAAUAGCAUGACAUUCAGGGCGAUUAGUGAUAGUUAAAUGUACCCGAAAGCCGAGAGAGGUUUAGUAAAAGUCCCCGAGGCGCGUAGCACUAAUCGACCGUAUAAUGCCAUGCUAUCAGCCUAGUCCCAGUCGUUCUGAAGCAAGCGCGAGGAAAAAACGUGCAUGUAGUGCGAGACUAUGACCUAGGUGUGACGUCACCGCUAAAGGUGUUUCAGAACGCCUAGCAGAUUUCAGUAUUUUUAAUAUGGCGAAAAUUUAUAUAAUUUUACAAAUAACCUUGUAAAUACGACAAUGUUCGUUGAUCAUGUUCGAUGUCUACAUAACCAAAUUCAUACUGUAUUAAAAAUGUGCUCAACUAAAAAAAAUAUAUAUACAAAUUUACGAUACUGAGUCUGAGCAAUGGUCGUAUAUUCGUUGAUGUUAUUUAUAUACUCGCAAGUUGUGAUCAACACUGGACCAUACUGGUAUACAAAACUAUGCUUUCUACUUCACAGGUUUAAUAUAAGUAGCUGAGGAGAUUGGAAAUAUUUGCCUGACAUGACUGUGUUGUCAAAACAUUUUUAGUCGGAGACUCGGCAUAAUUUUCAAGCUUCUAGAUAGCAUUUAAUAUGGCUUAUAUUUUAGUAAACACGAGUCAUAUUUAGCCCCGUUAUUCCAUUCUGACCGUAUGGUAGCGAAACGUAGCCUAUUUCAUUGUUCCGACAACAUUAGAGCAAAACUAAUGACUUAAUUAUAAACACAAAAGAAAUUAAUUUCCAUAACAUUUUCUCUUUACAAACGCGGUAUGCUUGGUAACCAGGCCAGGGACCACUUUUUUGAAAUCAGGGACCAUUUUACCGAAAUCUGCUAGGCUCUCUCGCUGAAGCGUUCCGCACAGAACACCCAGGCAUAAAACUUUUAAGACUUAUUUAAAUAUACCAAAGCAACUAAUAGAGAGAGAGCCUGGGACUAGGCUGCCAUGCUAUUACUUUGUAAUAAUCAUAGUUAACGAGGGAAUCGCGCGUGGUGUGUUGCCUGUUUUGAAUGCUGUUUGAUUGUCUUAUGAUUGUGGUACGAACACUUUUCAUAUAUACGCACGCGCAGAAACACAUCUCCGUGUUUAUUGGCGUUUUAGGCAUGCGCAUAAACGGAAUUUUCUCCCACAAUUGAAAUGUUCAAAAUUAGGGAAUAAAAGCUGGCAACUAAGGUGAUUGUUCAAAUGUGUACGGGACGGUGUCGUCAGAUACUGUCCAUAGUUGUGCCGAUGAUUUUCGAUGAGGUACAGCUCUCGAAUCAGAGGUAGUGAGGUACGCUUUUGUCUUCUAAAUUUCCCUCAGGGGAAAAUUAGAACUAAUUUUACCACGGGCAAAAUUAGUUCUAAUUUUGCCCGUGGUAAAAUUAGUACUAAUUUUACUUCAUGUUUUAGUAAUGAGGUUAAUUCGUUAUUAAUCGAACCUCGCGAGACAAAGGAUUUCGAGGCAACUAUGAUAUUAUUAUAAUAAAAACGGGAUAAUUGACACAAUACAGUGUUUUAAACCCAAAUAAGGGACAAGUUCAGCAAAGGCCACCUCUUAUUGCUCCAGUGUUACUACUGGAGGAGAUGUUACAGUACCUACUGUACAUGUAUGCAUUAAGCUAAUUCAAUUAAAUUUUUCCUUAAAACUGCAAAACCGUCACCUCUAAGCCCGAAAAAUCACUGGAGUUUAAUUGCUACAAUCAAAUAGAGACAAAUGCUACAAUUAAAUAGAGACAUAUUAAAAGAAGUCCAGUCUGCCUUUUAACUAAGAGGUCGAGGUUUAAAGUUGCACGAGUUUUGAACUUAACAGGACAACCUCAUUUAAUUAAAUAAGCUAUAUACAAGAUAUAGAUAUACUGUACAAGUGUACAUGUCCUUAUAUUCAGUAUUUACACUACGAUAAUGUAACUAACUGUCUUUAAUUUCCUUUGUAGCUGUGUUGAAAAGAUACUUCCUUUCCCUGUGCGAAAAAAACAAGCAGAUUGUGGAAAACAAAUAUGAGGACCACAAGAAGAAAUGUAGAAUGACUGGCAGAAAAAGAGAU